GAUUUUUGAAAUAACGUCAGGAAAUAUAGGGAGAAAUGUAAAUAUAAUAUGUUUUGGAAAAUAUAGUCGAAGCUAAAUUCAAAAUGGUGCCCAAUUUAAAGUAGGUAGCUCUGAUAUUCGGGACGAAUGCGCCAAGCGUAUCGUUGAGAGAGAUAGGAAACAAAAGAGAAAGAUAUGCAUACAGUAGACCAGUAUAAAGCGGCACGGGACAGCCACGAUUGAGGAUACUAUUUUUCAUUAAAACAAACACUACGCAAAUUUCGAAAAUAAGCGCUUACUACAAAAAAGAAUAUGGUUUCUUUUGGCAAGAUUAUCUUGAUGCUACAAACAGUGUUGAAGUACCGCAAAUUAUGUUUCCACAUGUUGAGCUAACACUGCAGAGUGGAAUUGAAAUUGGCAUGUCUCUUGAGGUGCCAAUUCCAAAAAAAGCUGAUGAAGAACAUACCACUUUUUGGGUUGCUUCUAUUGUUAUGGCAUGUGGUCCUUUAUUAAGAUUACGUUAUUUUGGUGGAGAUGAUAGAUCCUUGGAAUUUUGGUUUAAUCUUACCAAAGAAGCUGCUCAUGAACUUGGAUGGUGUGUGAAGAAUAACAAACAGUUGAAACCAACUGACAUUAUUCUUCAAAGAUCACCAGACUGCGUAGAAAAAUUAUCUGAAUUCUUAACAACAACUCGGAGUGUUCCACCAGAAAUGUUAUCAGGAAUUAUAGAAAAUGUAGGUGGACGACUUCUGUUAAGAUAUGAUACUCCUGGUUCUUUGCGUAAAGACUUUUGGAUGUUUUGUACAUCAGAACAUCUUCAUCCCUAUGGAUUUGCAUCUAAAUCUGAGUCUACUUGGUUUUUAGAACCACCUAGUUCUAUAGUAGAAAUGCAUACAUACGAAGAAUGGAAAGACUUGUUAGAGUCUAUACCAAAAAAUUAUGACCUUCCAGAAGAACUAUUUCACAAUGCUGUAGAUCAUCCAAAACAUGAAUUUAAAGUUGGUAUGAAAUUAGAAGCAUUGAGUCCAAUUGAUCAGAUAAAAAUAUGUCCAGCUACAGUCAUAAAAGUAUUUGAUGACACUUAUUUUCUUGUGCACAUUGACACAUAUGAUGAAUUGUCAAAAGGAAUGGAUAUUGAAACUUGUAUGUACAGAAGUACAGAAAAAAACACUUGGCUUUGUACAGCAGAACAUCCAUAUAUCUUUCCAAUUGGAUGGGCAAAGAAAAAUGAUAUUAAAAUUGUACAUCCAAAUGGUUGGACCCCAAAAGAAGACGAAUUCGAUUGGGACGAAUAUUUGAAAGAUACUCAGGCAAUUGCAGCAGAAGAAAAAUUGUUCCCAGAAAGACAAAAUGCCAUUGAUGCCGGCUUUGAAUGCGGCAUGCGGUUAGAAGCAGUUGAUCCAGAACGUGAAAAUGUCAUAUGUGCUGCACAUAUUACAAAAAUCGUUGACAAUCUUUUAUGGUUAAAAUUAGAUAAUUAUGAAAAUACGAGACCAGAACAUAUAGUUGAUAUGCGUUCUUUACAAAUAUUUCCGGUUGGUUGGUGUGAAUCUAAUCAUUACCCAUUGAAACCCCCAAAAGACUAUAUGGAAGUUUGUAAACAAUUGCAAAUGCCUGUAAAGGAAGAGAAAAAGGCUAACGUUUUAGAUAUACCAAUAUCUGAACCACGUUCUUCAUUAUGGUGUCCAAAAAUAUAUUUCAAUUACCGUUGUUUCACGGGUCCUAUGAUUUCCAAAGGGAAAUUAGCAACCCUGCCAAAAGCAGUGGGACCUGGUCCUGUCAUUUUAGUUAUGAGAGAAGUUCUAUCAAUGAUCGUAUCUGUCGGAUAUAGAAGUGCUCGGAUAUUAAAAGUCCUUCAAUGUGACUCUAAACCAGAUCCGGGAUAUCAUUUAGAAGUUCUAAAAGCUAAACAUAAAAACAAUACAUAUCGCGCAAGUGUUGCUGUAGUUACAUCCGGAGAUAUGGUGGCUGAUUUUUGCAGAAAUAUUUGUAAAAAAUUAAUGGUAUGCCCAAAUUUAUUUGGUCCUUUGUAUGUACCUGAAAAUGAGUGUCCGGAUAAAUGUCACAAAACAUCAAAAGCGAAAUUCACAGCAUCUGUCGGUACUGGGCGAAGAGGUAAACCAAAAGGUUACACAAGUAUCAUGGUGCAAAAACCAAAACCAUGGGGUGGUAGACGGAAAAGGAGACGCGGAAGAUGGGCAAACAGAGAAAAGGAGAGUCAUGAAGAUUUCGAGCAAGAAGAUGAAAUGCCAUUUAUGUCAUUAGAUUUAGCGAAACACGUAUCAGAGCUUGAAGAAACUCUCGAUGGAAGGCCGCCACUUUCUGAGAUAGAUAUCAUGAUUCAGAAAGGUUUGGAGAAAGGAGAAAAAUCAGAUGAAUUUAAAACUGAGCCGCCUUCGAGCAACACAUCAGAUGAUUCUGGAAGUUCAUUCAAUGAUAAUAGGAAGGCGAAGGACAGAGGCAGCCUCAAUAGUUUAAAUAAUAAACAACAUUCAUUGAAAUUUGGCCAAAGUACUACUGUUACUAGGGCAAGCAAGAGAGAACGAGAUUGGGAUACAAGUAUUGAAUCUGAUGGUUCGGAUGGAGAAUCAGAAUAUGUAAGGAUGCAAAAGAAACAAAGGCGUCCAAAGACCCGCAAACUUGAUUCGAAUCCAUUAUUUUGGAGUGUAGAUGAUGUUUUUAGAUACUUAAGAAAAACGAAUGAUUGUAAAGACAUUGCAUAUCGAGUGAAACAGGAGGAAAUUGACGGACUAGCGUUUUUACUAUUAAAUCUACCGUCUCUUACGCAGCAUAUGAAAUUGAGAACAAGUUUAGCUAUGAAACUUUGUCGUCACGUUGAGCAAGUUAAAGUCACAUUCUUUUUACGACAUAUAAAUGAAGUAGAACCAGAACAGUAUCAAAUUGUAUAAUUUUAAUAAUUAGGAAAAUUCAACUUAUUAUAUUAUUUAUAUAGUGUAAUAUAGUGUAUUAUGAAAGGAAAGCAAUUUCGAGAUGUUUAAUGUAUUUAAUUUCUGUAAAUGUUUAA